AUGCACAUAUAUAAACGACCAAGAUCCAAUGCUUAGAAAGCUCCCUCCUUCUGUGCUUCGUCUUCUUUAUUUCGUUCUUGUAUGUUUUCGUCGCUGCAACAAUAAGUUCGCAGAGGAAAGCGCCGGUAAUUAGUGAACAUGGUUCACGUCUCUUUUUACCGCAACUAUGGGAAAACCUUUAAGAAACCAAGGCGUCCCUAUGAGAAGGAGCGUUUGGAUGCUGAGCUGAAGCUCGUUGGAGAGUAUGGACUUCGUUGUAAGAGAGAGCUUUGGAGGGUUCAGUAUGCAUUGAGCCGCAUACGUAAUGCAGCAAGAAUGCUUCUUACACUUGAUGAGAAAAACCCACGUCGUAUUUUUGAGGGUGAAGCGCUUCUAAGGAGGAUGAAUAGGUAUGGUCUUUUGGAUGAGAGCCAGAACAAGCUUGAUUAUGUGUUGGCACUGACUGUAGAGAACUUUCUUGAGCGCCGUCUUCAAACUCUCGUGUUCAAGUCGGGUAUGGCCAAGUCAAUCCACCAUGCCAGAGUGCUCAUCAGGCAAAGGCACAUUAGGGUUGGGAGACAGGUGGUUAAUAUUCCCUCAUUUAUGGUGAGGGUGGACUCACAAAAGCACAUUGAUUUCUCGUUGACAAGUCCCUUUGGUGGUGGACGCCCUGGUAGAGUGAAGAGAAAGAAUCAAAGGGCUGCUAACAAAAAGAGUUCUGGUGGUGACGGGGAUGAAGAAGAUGAAGAGUGAGCUUUCAUGUUCAGAGAUAGUGACUAAUGAGGGAGUGUGCCUAAGAUUUUGUCUUAUUGACCUUUUAUUUCAUUUUCUCUCUACCUAUCAUGGUUUUUUUGAGAAUCUUUAAUGUUAGCAUUAGCAAGCAACUUCUAUUCCUUUUCUGUUCUAUCUUUUUUGCCAAAAUAGUUGCCUUUUUUUUUUAAAUAUUGUUGAUGGAAUACAUAUUUGCUUGAUCAACUAGGUCAGUCAAAGAUGGCUUGGCUAGAA